GCGUUAGGGGGUGGACCCGGGCGGUCGGCGGCGACGCGGCCUCGCCCCCUCCUGCUUCCCCCCUCCCUUCCCCCGCCUCCCUCCUAUUCCCCCCCCUUAACUUCUCUCUCUCCCCGCCCCUCUUCCUCCUCCUACCCAAUCCCUCCCUCCCUCCUCCCGCCUCCCUCCUCCCCCAGCCGGGAGCCGCGGCCGCCUCUGGAGCCCGGAGCCCGAGCCGCCCAGCGACACCCCCCUCCCCCCGCCCCCGCCCACCCCGGCCCCGAGCCCCGACCCGAGCCUCGGAGCGGGAGCCGAGUCUGCGCCCGAGGGAGGACGAUGCUGCAGUAGCAGCCACGAUGCCCUUUACGCUGGGCGACUCGACAGUCAACAAUUCGGAAACCAAGGAUUACUGUUACAAAGCCCGGAUCAGAAGCACCGUACUCCAAGGGCUGCCUUUUGGGGGAAUUCCUACAGUACUUGCACUUGAUUUCCUAUGCUUUCUUUUGUUGCUGUUCCUGUUCUCUGUCCUGCGCAAGGUGGCCUGGGACUAUGGACGACUGGCCUUGGUUACCGAUGUUGACAGUAUGUCCUCGGCAAUGCAGGCAGACAGCCAUGACCGCUACGAGCGCCUCACUUCUGUCUCCAGCUCCGUGGACUUUGAACAGAGAGACAAUGGUUUCUGCUCCUGGCUGACAGCAAUCUUCAGGAUAAAGGAUGAGGAGAUCUUGGACAAAUGUGGAGCUGACGCAGUACACUACCUGACAUUCCAGCGACACAUCAUUGGGCUGCUUGCGGUCGCAGGCGUUCUCUCCGUGGGCAUUGUGCUUCCUGUCAACUUCUCAGGGAACCUGCUUGAAAACAACCCCUACAGCUUUGGGAGAACCACCAUUGCCAACCUAGACUCAAGUAACAACCUGCUAUGGCUGCACACCUCUUUCGCCUUUCUGUACCUACUACUCACUGUGUAUACCAUGCGAAGACAUACCUCCAAGAUGCGAUAUAAAGAAGACGACAUGGUGAAGCGCACCCUUUUCAUCAAUGGCAUCUCCAAGUAUGCGGAAUCAGAAAAUAUCAAGAAGCACUUUGAGGAGGCAUAUCCCAACUGCACCGUGCUUGAGGCCCGGCCUUGUUACAAUGUCGCCAAACUGAUGUCCCUGGAAGAUCAGAGGAAGGAGGCAGAGCGAGGGAGGAUAUACUUCAGCAACCUGCGGGCCAGAGAGAACGUCCCCACUAUGAUCAACCCCAAACCUUGUGGGCACCUCUGCUGCUGUGCUGUUCGUGGCUGUGAAGAGGUGGAGGCCAUCCAGUACUACACACAAUUGGAACAGAAGCUAAAAGAAGAGUAUAAGCAGGAGCAGGAGAAAGUGAACCAGAAGCCACUGGGCAUGGCCUUUGUGACCUUCCACAAUGAGAGCAUCGCUGCCCUUAUUCUGAAGGACUUUAAUGCAUGUAAUUGGCAAGGCUGUACAUGUCAAGGGGAGCCCCGAAGCUCAUCCUGCAGUGACUCCCUGAACAUCACCAACUGGACAGUAUCUUUUGCCCCCGACCCUCAGAACAUCUACUGGGAGAAUCUCUCCAUCCGUGGCUUCACCUGGUGGUUUCGAUGCCUGAUUAUCAACGUGGUGCUCUUCAUCCUCCUGUUCUUCCUCACCACACCUGCCAUCAUCAUCACCACGAUGGACAAGUUCAACGUCACCAAGCCUGUGGAAUUCCUCAAUAACCCUAUCAUCACCCAGUUCUUCCCCACUUUGCUGCUGUGGUGCUUCUCAGCCCUGCUCCCCACCAUCGUCUACUACUCUACCUUCCUGGAGAGUCACUGGACACGCUCUGGAGAAAACAGAACAACCAUGCACAAAUGCUACACCUUCCUAAUCUUCAUGGUACUGCUGCUACCUUCUUUGGGCCUGACCAGCUUGGACUUCUUUUUCCGCUGGCUCUUCGACAAGAAGUUCUUGGCUGAAGGGGCUAUUCGGUUUGAGUGUGUGUUCCUGCCGGACAACGGCGCCUUCUUUGUCAACUACGUCAUUGCCUCGGCUUUCAUCGGCAAUGCCAUGGACCUGCUGCGAAUCCCAGGGCUGCUGUUAUACAUGAUCCGCCUCUUCCUCGCUCACUCCGCCGCCGAAAGGCGCAACGUCAAGCGGCACCAGGCCUACGAGUUCCAGUUUGGCGCGGCCUAUGCCUGGAUGAUGUGCGUCUUCACGGUGGUCAUGACCUACAGCAUCACCUGCCCCAUCAUCGUACCCUUCGGGCUCAUGUACAUGCUGCUGAAGCACCUGGUGGACAGAUACAACUUAUACUAUGCAUACCUGCCGGCCAAGCUGGACAAGAAGAUCCAUGCUGGGGCUGUGACCCAGGUGGUGGCGGCACCCAUCCUCUGUCUCUUCUGGCUCCUCUUCUUCUCUAUCUUGCGUGCCGGGUUCUUGGCCCCCACUUCUAUGUUUACGUUUGUGGUCCUGAUCAUCACCAUUGUCAUCUCUCUCUGUCACCUCUGCUUUGGAUACUUCAAAUAUUUCAGUGCCCACAACUACAAGAUUGAUCACACCGAAACAGGGGAUGCCAGUGACUCCAGAAUCAAUGGUAGUCGCACCGCUGUCAAAUCUGCAAAGUACAUUGCUCAGGUGCUGCAGGACUCAGAGGAAGACAGAGAUUCUGGGGACUCCGGUGGUUCUGGCGUGUCUGGGGGCUCUAGGACCUCUGAAGUUUCUGGGGUCUCUGGGAUGUCUGGGGCCUCUGUGAAUUCCAGAUGUAUGAAGGAGGAGCCUCCAUUAUCCUUAGAGCACGAUGAGGAGACACUGAUAACCCAGGAGGAGCUCUCGGACCCAGACUUCCAGUCCUAUGUGGAGAGUCUCAUAGAGAAUGAAAUCCACCAGUGAGGGGGGUGGGGGAGGCCCUGGUGGCUCAGCCCCUGCUCCUAACCCUUCCUCCCCCACCCCACCCCCCACGGACACUAAAACGCUAAUAAUUUAUUAGAUUUAAAGCCUCUUCCUUCCCCCACUCUGCUUUAAUUAAGGUAUUUCAACCUUGGGGAUAUUGCCCACUGCCUCCCUCCUUGGAGGCCAGCCUCUCCCCUGAAAGCCCUCCUCCCCUACCCAAUGAGGAGAAUUGCCCCGAGCUGGCCCCGGGGCAGAGUGGGGGGGGGAGGGCAAAGGGCAGGUUCCCCCAAACCAGGGGCCCUUCCCCCCACCCAGGACAAUGGCCAGAAUGGGGUUAAUGAGAGCCGUGAGGGGCCACUGACUAGAGAUCUGGCAGGGGGUCAGAGUGGACAAUGGGACCUACACCCCUUCAGUUCCCAAUCCCCCACCAGGCCCUUAUGCUUUGGGAACACCUCUAUCCUUACCUACCCCAUUUGGGGGUUGCAUGAGAGGAGUGGGGGGCCAAGUGGGAAGUGGAGCCUAUCUGUCCCCCAGGUAAUGGGGAAGGAGUCGGGGAGGGGGGGGCGGGGGCUGGGGGGGGAGGGGCACAGCUGACACUGGAAAAUGGGGUUUUGCACUUUUUUUUCUCCAUUAAAAUAAAAAUGAAAAGAAACAGGUCAG